AUGGUCUCGAGCGAUGGUGAUGUGACGCGCAAGAAACGCAUGCUUUGCUUGCACGGCAAGGGUGGGAACGCGGCCUCGUUCGCGCGCGGGCUCGCACCGCUCGUGGACGCGACCUCGAACAGUUGGGACUGGCAUUUCGCCGAUGGCACCCAACCAGAGCCGAACCCGGGCGGGCGCGGAUGGUGGACGUUGCAGCCCGGACAGCGCACUUACAACGCCGCGUCGCUUCCUGGGUUAGAUAUUUCGAUGAAGCGCGUGAUCGAGGCCGGCCCGUGGGACGGCCUGUUUGGUUUUUCUCAAGGCGCCAUGCUCGCUGCUUUAGUUAUCGCGGAGGACGGAGGGAAGCAAAAAGAGGAAAGAGCGAUUAAAGAAUUGGCCAUCAUCGUCGGCGCCGCCUGGCCGACGUGUGCGGCGGCCAAGCUAGAAACGAUGCCGUCGGACGUCGUUCGCAGUUUGCACGUCGUCGGCGAGCGCGAUGUCAUCAACCCACCAGCGCAGGCGCGACGCGUAGCAGAGGCGUUCGGCGCGAACGCUCAAGUCUUUGAACACGAACGCGGACACAUCGUUCCGAUGACCGACGACGCCGUAGCGACGUACGUCAAAUUUAUUGAGCACCUUUAA